AUGGCGACGGCAACAAUGACAUACAUGGACUUUCCCGUCAAGAGGCGGCUACCGAAGAAUAUCAAGCUGCCGCCGGAAAAUGAGAGAUACAUGCGCGCGUGCGCCGACAUUGCCUCGGCGCUCGUUCAGGAUUACGAGGCCCAAGCGGACGGGUCGAAGCCAAAGAAGGAUGUCAACUUGAACCAGCUGCGCGGCCAGAUCGCAAAGCGACACUACUUGAAGACGCAGCCGCCGCUCACAGCCAUCAUCGCGGCGGUGCCGGAGCACUACAAGAAAUACAUUUUGCCGAAGCUGAUCGCGAAGCCAAUCCGAAGUGCGAGCGGUAUUGCGGUCGUGGCGGUCAUGUGCAAGCCGCAUCGCUGCCCGCACAUUGCAUACACGGGUAAUAUCUGCGUGUACUGUCCCGGAGGCCCGGAUUCGGACUUUGAGUACUCGACGCAGUCUUACACGGGCUACGAACCGACGUCUAUGCGCGCCAUCCGAGCGCGGUAUGAUCCGUACGAGCAGGCUAGAGGCCGUGUUGACCAGAUCAAGUCGCUGGGCCACAGUGUCGACAAGGUUGAGUACAUCAUCAUGGGCGGCACGUUCAUGUCGCUGCCAGAGUCGUACCGGGAUGAGUUCAUUUCACAGCUGCACAACGCACUCUCUGGAUACCAGACCAAGGAUGUGGACGAAGCCGUGGCGGCGGGCGAGAUGAGCAACACAAAGUGCGUGGGCAUCACCAUCGAGACACGACCGGACUACUGCCUGGACCAGCACCUGUCAUCGAUGCUGCGAUACGGCUGCACGCGUCUGGAGAUUGGGGUGCAAUCGCUGUACGAAGAUGUGGCGCGCGACACGAACCGCGGACACACGGUGGCGGCCGUGGCCAAGACGUUCUGCCUCUCCAAAGACGCGGGGUUCAAGGUGGUGUCGCACAUGAUGCCGGACCUGCCCAACGUGGGCAUGGAGCGCGACCUGGACCAGUUUGUCGAGUACUUUGCAAACCCCGAGUUCCGCACGGACGGGCUCAAGAUCUACCCGACGCUCGUGAUCCGCGGGACGGGGCUGUACGAGCUGUGGCGCACGGGGCGGUACAAGAACUACACGCCCAACGCGCUCAUCGACAUUGUGGCGCGGAUCCUCGCGCUGGUGCCGCCGUGGACGCGCAUCUACCGGGUGCAGCGCGACAUCCCGAUGCCGCUCGUGACGUCCGGGGUGGAGAACGGCAACCUGCGCGAGCUGGCGCUGGCGCGGAUGAAGGACUUUGGCACGACGUGCCGCGACGUGCGGACGCGCGAGGUGGGCAUCAACGAGGUCAAGCACAAGAUCCGGCCGGAGCAGGUGGAGCUCGUGCGGCGCGACUACACGGCCAACGGCGGGUGGGAGACGUUCCUGGCGUACGAGGAUCCCAAGCAGGACAUUCUGAUCGCGCUGCUGCGGCUGCGGCAGUGCAGCAAGGAGCACACAUUCCGGCCGGAGCUGACGGGCCAGCCGACGAGCCUGGUGCGCGAGCUGCACGUGUACGGCAGCGCGGUGCCGGUGCACGCGCGCGACCCGAAGAAGUUCCAGCACCAGGGGUACGGGACGCUGCUGAUGGAGGAGGCGGCGCGGAUCGCGGCCGAGGAGCACGGGAGCAGGAAGAUCAGCGUCAUCUCGGGGGUGGGGGUGAGGAGUUAUUAUGCGAAGCUGGGAUACUACUUGGACGGGCCGUACAUGAGCAAGGAGCUGACGGGGGGGUGGGAGCGGGGGUGGUGA